AUGUCAGGUCGGGGUGGUAGUGUCACUGGAGUUCGUGGUCGUGGUGGUGAAACUGGAGGUCGUGGUCGGGGUGGUGGAAAUGUUGGCGGUCGUGGUCGGGGUGUAACUGGAGGUCGUGGUGGUGGUGUAACUGGAGGUCUUGGAGGCGGUGAAACUGGAGAUCGUGUUGGUGAAACUGGAGAUCGUGGUGGUGGUGGUGGUAUUUGUGUUUGGGGAAGAGGAAGAGGAACACCAACAACAACACCCAUAUCUUCGACUCCUUCUCCUCCUUCAAUUUCUGAAGUUUAUCAUGGUGCUGGUGGUGGUGUAGCUGGAGGUCAUGGCGGUGGUGGUGUUUGGGGUAGAGGUACAACACCAGCAGCACCCGUUUAUUCGACUCCUCCUCCUUCAAUUUAUGAAGUAGGUUCAUCUUCUGGAUCACCAAACGUAGAUUUACUUGCUCAAGAAGUGCAGAAAACUCUUAACUGUACAACAAGUACCAGCAGUUUCUCUUGUUAG